AGGGUGACCACGGAGUUGACUUCGAGCCACAGGUUUCGACGGGACACCCCUUCGCGAAAGGACCCGUACGUCGAAAGCGAGUGCGCGCGCCCGUGCACGCCUCCCCGCGACGACGCACUAGUGCGCGGAACAACUGAAGCACGCGUCAGGGAACAUUUUUUUUUCUCCUCGGCGCUGUUUGCUCGAGUCAAGAGACCCCGGGCCGGACCAGGGAGCAGAAGGGAGCGCCGAAAACACUCCACACAGUUAGCGCGGCACUCAACUGAAGCCGUGGUUUCUCGUCUUCAGCAGUUCGACCCAGUGACGGCGAAGCUUCGAGAUCGGGAUAACUCUCUAACACAAACAGUCUCAGUCCUGUACUUUCGCUGCUCGCUCUCUUCUGAAUCUCGCAAUUUUUCAAGAAAAGCGACUAGGCAGCCGCUUUUCUUCGGUGACGUUACGCGGUCAAGUCUCCGUGCAUUGGCGGUGAACUCUCGCAUCACGAGAAAGCGGAGUCUCUGAGCGCGGCAGGCUACUGGACCCCGGCGGUGAAGAAAUCGUCAACGCUAGCCAUCCCCGCAGGGACAUCCGCAGAUCACGCCACAACCAACAACCAUGCUGAAAGCGAGAGGCGUCACCCUCGGCUAUUCCCAAUUCAUACUGGUAUUGGGUGUAACGCUACUGCUCGCCGCAUCCGCAGCCGGCGUGUCGUCCGAAUACAACCCGGAGGUGGCCGUGGAAGAGGUUGGCCGCCUGUUCAACCUGCUCUUCCCGCUGGUGCUGCCUGACAAGAUGCCAUACUCGUGGCCCAGGGGCGCGACCAGGGCGGCCUCCUCGUCUGUGGACGCCUCGGACGCGGCGCUGGCCCAGGUGGCGGCCGCAGGAGGGUUCGGCGGCCAACGGCGGAACCCCGACGACCCCGCGUCGCUCAACCUACCAAAGCGGGGCGAGUCCGAGUGUCUGAGCCGCUGCAUGAGCCAGCGCAAGCUGCAUCCCAUCCAGUGCCUCAACAUAUGCUGAGCGAUCAGG